GGUGCUGCUUCCUCCUGGGCUGCGGCGGCUGCUGGUGCUGGUGGUCUCGGGGCCGGAGGCGGCCGCUGUUGCGCCCAUCGCCAUGUCUCCCGCCGCUCUGGCUCUGGCGCUGCUGGCGCUGGGCUGCGUGGAGGCGACCAGCUCUCGCGGCGCGCGGAGGCCCAACGUGGUGCUCAUCCUCACCGAUGAUCAGGACGUCAGCCUGGGUGGCAUGACGCCUCUGAAGAAAACCAAAGCCCUCAUCGGAGACAUGGGCAUGGCCUUCUCCAACGCGUAUGUGCCAAGUGCCCUGUGCUGUCCCAGCAGAGCCAGCAUCUUAACAGGGAAGUACCCACACAAUCACCAUGUUGUCAAUAACACCCUGGAGGGAAACUGUAGCAGCAAAUCAUGGCAAAAGAUACAGGAACCCUAUACCUUCCCAGCCCUCCUCCAGUCCUCCUGUGGUUAUCAAACAUUCUUUGCUGGGAAGUAUUUGAAUGAGUAUGGAGCAGAAGGUGCUGGGGGAGUAGGCCAUGUUCCUCCAGGAUGGAGUUUUUGGUAUGCAUUGGAGAAAAACUCAAAGUACUACAACUACACUCUUUCAAUAAAUGGAAAGGCACGAAAGCAUGGGGAGAACUACAGUGUAGAUUACCUGACAGAUGUACUGGCUAACAUGUCUUUGGACUUCUUGGAAUAUAAAUCUAACUUUGAACCCUUCUUCAUGAUGAUCUCCACUCCAGCACCACACUCUCCUUGGAUAGCUGCCCCUCAGUAUACAAAGAGCUUCCAGAAUGUCAGUGCACCAAGAAACAGCAAUUUUAACAUUCAUGGAAAGAACAAGCACUGGUUAAUCAGGCAAGCAAAGACUCCAAUGACUAAUUCUUCAAUACAAUAUCUAGAUAAUGCAUUUCGGAAAAGAUGGCAAACCCUCUUGUCAGUAGAUGACUUAGUAGAGAAACUGGUAAAGAAAUUGGAAUUCCAUGGUGAAUUAGAUAAUACUUAUAUUUUUUUUACCUCGGAUAAUGGUUAUCAUACAGGACAAUUUUCUUUGCCAAUAGACAAACGGCAGCUGUAUGAGUUUGACAUUAAAGUUCCCCUGCUUGUUCGAGGACCAGGGAUCAAACCAAAUCAGACAAACAAGAUGCUUGUUGUAAACAUUGACUUGGGUCCCACUAUAUUGGAUAUUGCUGGGUAUAACAUGAACAAGACCCAGAUGGAUGGGAUGUCAUUAUUGCCAUUGUUGAGAGCAGACAAAAAUGUGACCUGGAGAUCGGAUAUGUUGGUUGAGUAUCAGGGAGAAGGGCUUAACAGCAGUGAUCCUACCUGCCCUGGCUUGGGACCUGGUGUCUCUAAUUGUUUUCCAGACUGUGUUUGUGAAGAUUCCUACAACAACACAUAUGCUUGUGUGAGGACACUGUCUGCUUCAUGGGAUCUCCAGUACUGUGAAUUUGAUGACCUAGAGGUGUUUGUAGAAGUCUAUAACUUGACUGCAGACCCAUUUCAGAUUAAUAAUAUUGCUAAAACAAUAGACCAGGAAAUUUUAGAGAAGAUGAACUAUCGACUUAUGAUGUUACAGUCAUGCUCUGGAGCAACGUGUCGUACGCCAGGAGUCUUUGACCCAGGGUAUAGGUUUGACCCACGUCUGAUGUUCAACAACCAUGCUGUUCAGGCUCGCAGAUUUUCCAUACAGUCUUCCUAACAGCAUUUAAUCAUUUUAUACAGCUGGCUGCCAGUGGCCAUGUCCUCAGUGAUUGCAGCAGGUCUGUCUCUAACCUUCACUGAUUUGCAGCUGGAAGACUUGAUCAACUGGCUGUUCAGACCUUGUUUUUGGAGGGGAAGGAGGAAACCCUUAUCUCUAGCUGGUUGCCUUGUGCAAUAUGUGUGUUUGAUAACCAAACUGUAAUUCCAAACUCAGACAUGGCUAAUCUCUUUUGCUCAGACGUGAUUAUCACCUUGUCUUUCAAGUAUCUUUUAAUAUUGCAGGGAUAGGAUUUGACCUGUAAAUCUGAACUUCAUAUUUUGUUUCAAUAUGAAUAAAGAUAGAUGACGCAUUGAAUCAGGUUAACCUGGACAGACUGUAUUGCACAGAGAACUCUACCUGUAUUCACUCCCUCUUAGACAGACUUUCCUAAAAUCUAAGUGUGUACUUGCAGGUUUCCAGUGUUGAUUUCCAUUGCUAACCUGGAGCAAACUUCCAUAAUAUGUAAAGCAUUAGUCAGAACUACAGGAUCCGACUAGGAUCAGCAACAUAUUAACCUCCAUCACUGAGACCGUUUCACACUAGGCUAGUCAGUCUCACUGGGCUGCUUUAGUAACUUUCAAACAAGAACAUAAUUUUAUAGUAGUUCCCAUUCAGAACAUAAAAUCAGUUAAGAGAGAUCAUUGGAACAGCUUUUAGAAGUUUCUAACAUAGGCUUUUUGGCAUGCUAUUUCAAAACAAAAUAGUGUUGAGACUAACCUGAAAUGUUGGGUUGAAACAGUGCCUGUAUGUUGAUCGCAAUGAGCCAGCUGAACUUCAGAACUGGAACAGAAAUAAAUAUCAGAAAACAAAGAGAAAUUGGGCACCACAAUAGUCUGUCAUAUGUCUUCAGCCUCCAGGUGUCUUGCAAAUGAUUGAAGAUCUGAUCAACAUAAACAUAGUUUUAAAUUGAUUCUCUCUUGAGAGCCAAAUAGCUAAAAGCCUUACUCGUCAGAAAUCAUAGUAAGAUGACCAGUUUGGGUAGAUGUAGCGCUUCCCUACAUAGAGCUGCUUUUAUGUUGACAGCUAUUAUCUAUCUAUUAAACUGCAUUAAGUGCCCCUUACACCAAAGAACUGCAAGCCAGAUUUCUGACCAUGGUAGGUUGUCCAGCUUUCUGCUUUGAUGAGAUUCAGUUGUUUCUUCAGCCUACUGAUAUUUUCAGCUUUCUAAAGACUGCUUAUAUGAAACUCACAGAUGAUGGCUCUAUCUUAUGUGGAAUAUCAAAUUCUUUUCUAAAGUCUAAAAAACACCAACAUUCAGCACACUUUUUAAAGAGUUCAUCUGCAUAGAAAAGGAAGUUAUUCAGAGUGGCUGCUGAGAACUGACUGCAUUGUGUUGAUGUCACAGGAUCCAAGAUUAUUCUGCUCUAGGCUGUAAACUGUAGUUUAGUAUGGAAACAAAUAAUUGUCAAAUUGAGCUGUUGCAAAUUUCUCCUUUCUCUAAGUCACUGGUUUUGAUAUAGUUACCAAGAUAUCUUUAACUCAGCUCCUUUUGUGGGGGAACAUUGCCAGUUAAACAAAACCUUUUGCCAAGAAAGUAUUUCAAAUAGUCCCAAACAUUCUAUGAUUUUUUUUUAUAAGUUUAAUUGCAUUAACUUUUUUUUCAUUUCAGUGUUGACAUAUCUGAGCCACUGUCUAUGAAGCCUCUGCUAUUCAUCCUUCUUCCUUUUGUAGAAGGUAGCAUACAAAUAAGCGGGGGAGGUAAAUUUACCCUUUCCCGUAGGAGUAAACUUUCAUGAUGCCAUGCUGGUCAGGUUUUGAAGAGAUUUAAAUUCUGAUUUGGAAUGAGAAAUUUAACUUUAGAGAUUGGCAAUCUGGAGAUAUGUGAUGCAUUGAACAUUUAUUUCUGCUGCAAAAUCUCCUUAAAGUUGUAGGAUCCAAACUUUAAGGGUGUGUUCCUAUAUGUAUAAUCUUCAAAUCCUUUUCCAUUAAAUUAAGUGAAUACUUUUGUGUUCCAUUCAUCAACUAAAACAAUGGCUUUCAACUUGUUGUUUCCUUCUCCAUUUGCUACCCAAUCUAUCCUGAGCAAAUGUCCUUCAGUGUCUGGCAUCUUCUGCAAAUAGAUCUCCUUGCUUAUCACUUUUGUCCCUGACACCUUGUCUCACCUUAGUAAUAUGGUAGGUCCUGAGACUUGUUCCUACUCAAACUAAAAGCUCACUUUAAAAACAGUUUUGUUCUUUCACUUAGACUUGAGUUUUACUUUUCAGUUGAGCUCACUAUAUACUCUGGUUGGUAGCUCUAAGGUGUGAAAGGAUGGGGGAUGGAAGCAAGUCCUUAAAUCAGGGUGACUGAAAGCUAAUGGACACAUUGCUAAAAUGUGCUUGCAGGUUGUGCAGCAAGAGUUUUAGCUUGUUAACUUAAGUUGAACUAUGUAGUAGUAAUCAAGGCCUAAUUUUGGGUUGGUUGGCUUAAGUAGCUCUUCUGUGUAGAAAAAGCUAUUGUAAUCAUGACUAAAGGGUGACUCAAUAUAAUUGCUCCUUAAUGUUAGGUUUCCUUACUACAGUAUGCUUGGUUGGAAGGGGAAAUUUAACUGCUUAAUGAUACAUGUUUGCAUGUUCUACCCAUAUUGACAUGAAAACUGAUUGCAUAGAACACACACUGAGUCAAAUGAGCAAGUGUUUCACCCUUAUCUAACAUGUUCAACAUGCCCCCCUCCCUUCUUUACCUAACCCUUUUCUUUGCUUAUCUUGAGUCUGCCAUAUACCAAUUUGAAUUCUGCUAUAAAGCAAGUGUGAUUUGUCAUAGAAAAAAUGUACACAUCAUCAUAUUCCACUAGUGAGUUCUUUUCUGAGUUGCCAAAAAGUGUGUAAAUUUUGGGGGAAAAUACUUCUGAACAAACCUUUACUUUCAAUGGCUUAAGCCAACUAACUGUCAAAGACAGGCAGCAAUAAUUAGAUGCCUUGUCAUUAUAGCUUUAAGGUGUCUGCUCUAAUUUAACAUAGUGGGCUCUUUUCCAGGAAACAGUCAUUCUUACUGGUAUCUUUCACCCUUUUGAAAUGGUCAGUGUUCACUUCUGGUUGUUUUUUUUUUCUUGACACUAGUUGAAAUAACCAUUGUGAAGGAACUUUAACAUACAGCUGGGUCAGAUUCCAAAACAGCAGGCUUCAGUCAUGAGGGCCUUUCUAGAUGUAACAUUUGAUUAAAAUGUUUGAACACGGCUGUUUUUUACUUGCACCUUAUUAUUCAAGAGCCAUCUAACGGGUGAGUGAAGAGGCCUUACUGAAUAGUAGUCUCAUUUCGGUAAAAUGUGACUUUAUUUUAAACUACCCAAUUGUUUCCCAGGCUCUAGCCUGAUUUAAAACAGAGGUACUAUGUAGUAUAAAACCUUGCAAGACGCAUUCCUUUAUUACAGUAGGAGCAAAACAAAUCUCUUACCUAACAGUAUUGCCACUUGCAUGAGUGAACACACUUAACAAGUGCUUGCAGAGUCGAUGAACUGAUUUCUCAUGGCUCGGGGAGCAAAUGUUUUAAUGCUGUCCCCUAUAGUGUUUACCUUGAAUCAUCUACAAAAAAGGCAAAAUAAGUUGUUUAAAUUAAAAUAAUCUGAUAAAUACUGUUUGGAGUGAUUACACUAUACAAAGUAGAUACACAAAUGUGAUUGUUACACUGCUGAAGAUAAUUCUUAAAUCAUUAAAAUGCAACUUUAUUUGUAUUCUUGUCCAUGUGGCAUGUGAUUGUACCACCCUCUGACUUAGUUCUGGUUUUUAUUCUACUGUACCAUAAUUGUACUUUGAUUAGAAAGUGCCCUUCAAAAGAACCCUGUUCACUGCUGCACUUUUAAAAAAGAAAAGAAAAAAAUAAACUGUCUCCUAUGACUAUCUCA